AUGUCAUCUGGUCCGUCAGUAGGUGGUAUAAAACAACUUAGAAAGACAGAACCAAUUGUGCCUUCACUAUUAGUCCCAACACCUCCUAGCCAAUCCCCCUCGCCACCGAUCGCAGCCAUCACCACCCUCACUUCUCCUCACUCUAAUCUUGCAUUCUGGAACCAUCUCCACAUGCCGCCUCUAUUGUUGCGACCUCUACCCCGGUUCCAAGAUCGUUUUUCCCUCUUCACCAAAACCCUAGCCGUGUUACCCACAUCGCGACCUCCACGCCUCUCUGCUGCUCACCCACCUUGGUCAUUCCUCCCCCAACCAUCUCAACUCGCGCGUGAGGGUUUAUAUGGGAAUGACUUUAUUGGUGGUUAG